UUUUACUAAUGGCGCAACGAGGAGCCCGUGGUGGUGGUCGCAGUGGUAGUCACAUUAGUGGUCGUGAUGCUAGAGAUAGAAAUGCAUCCCAAUCAUACAAUGAUGUAGAAAGUCAACCUUCUUCUUCAGUUAGCGGAUCAAACAUCUUAGAACAAGUUCCAAGUAACCCAUCAAAAUGGAAGUUCAUUGAAGUCGAUUCUGAAAAGGAAUUUACGGAUCAGUUUUCAGUGAUCAGAGCCAUCACAUGUAUACUGAAGACGAUGUUUGACGGCCCAUGGACCUCAUGGAAGAAGGUUGACAAAGAACAUCGUGAUGCAAUGUAGGAACACUUCAAGGGUUUGUAUGUUUGGCCCUAAGAGACUGAUGUUCUUGCUCGCAAGGUAUGGGAAGACUGUAUGAAGAAACGAUUUCCUGACGUAAUGCGAAGAGCACGUGAAGCAUCUUUAAAACUUGCCAAAGCUGCAAAUGUGAAUGCCUCACUAGAAGGUGAUUUAAAUUUGCUAAAGGACUAUCGCCCAAAUUGGAUAAAAAAGGAGUAUCGGGAAAAAAUGAUCAAUGAAGUGUUGACCACAUCCAAAUGGAAACGUUCAUCACAAUCAGGGAAAAAUAACAGAAAUAAAUUAGAAGAUGGAUCUAUUUCCAAACAUACCGGGGGUUCUAUAUCUAUUCGUCAACAUAAGAAAAGAAUGCAAGCAAUGCUUAAACGUCCUCCUACAGGAGUUGAACUUUAUGCAAGGUUGCACACUAAACGGUCUACUCAAGAGUACAUUACACCAAAGGCAGCUAAAGUUAAGGAGGCUUAUGAAAGUGCUAUGGUGGCUAAGUUUGGUGAUGAUACUAGUUGCCACCCCCUCUUGGAUAAUGAAACAUGGUGUGAUAUUUCCGGAGGAGUCAAGAAAGGAAGAAUAUAUGGAUUCGGAUCUGUGUCUGAUCCAACGAGCUUUUUGGAAGGAACAUCUAGUACAAUAACAUCCCAAGAGGUUGUCUAUGAACGUGUACGAAACGAGAUGCGUGGUGAAAUGGAUGCUAAAGCUGCAGAAAUGGAAGCUAAACAUCAACAAAUGCGUGAGGAAAUGGAUGCCAAAGCUGUAGCAAUAGAUGCCAAACAACAACAAAUUGAUGCAAAAUAUGAAGCAAUGGAGAAGAUGUAUGCAGCCUUGCAAAAUAUGAUGGGAAAUUGAAAAGUAGAGGAAUGAGAACCGAAGAUGAUUGGAUGGACAUGAAAUGAAGAUAUCAGCUAAAAUGUUAUUUUGAAGGUUAAACUUUUUUCUGUUUGUACCUCUUUUGCAUACUUCGGAUUUCUUGGUUCUAAAAUGUUAUUUUGAAGUUAAACCGUUGGGAGUUUGCUGUUAUGUGGAUAGUUUCGUUUUUGGAUGUUUCUUGAAUGACACUUUGGUAAACUUUGAUAGUUUUGGUAUUGUAAUGCUUGGUUGUAUCAUUAUUUGAUGUUCUUUAGUAUAAUAAUUUGAUGAUUGUAGUA